AUGGCUUUUUUACCGAUUCAUCGUUAUCGUGUAUUCAACGAUCCAUUUCAACAACUGUUCGGUAAUCCACUCGGUUUUUUUGAUCCGUGGGGAGACUACAAUACAACUCAAUUAAUUGUACCAAAUGCAUUUAGAUGGAUCAACGAACCGCUUUGUCUUGCUCGUAGACGCUUGAAACCAAGACUUAAAGAAAAAUUUCGUAUACAACUAAAUGUAGAUGGUUUCAAUCAAGAUACAAUUCAAACACAGAUCGACGGUAAAAAAUUAGUUGUUCAAGCCAAAUAUGACGAUCGUCAAGGCGAUGGUGAUUUUAAUUAUCGAGAAAUGCGGAAAAGUUAUGAUCUACCUGAAGAUGCUGAUGUGGAUAAUAUUGUGUCGUUCGUUACACCGAAUAACAUGCUAGUCAUUGAAGUACCAAUUCGUCAUCCAGAAGUCGAACGUCAUUUAGUCGAAGCACAAGAUGAAGCAAGCAAAGAAUUGGUUCCAUUUGGACAAUAUCGUAAGCCAAUUUUUGACCAAGUUGGUUUUCUGGAUAAUUGCGGUUUUCAUCAACGUAUUGUUGAAACAGACAACAAUGGAAAAAAACAAUUGCAAAUAUCAUUGUCUAUGAAAAAUAUCAAGCCUAAUUUGAUCAAUGUUUCGGUAAAAGAUAAUCUAUUGACUGUACAAUGUGAACAUAGUUACAAGGAUGAGAACUGUUUACAACGAUCAUUCUUUCGAAAAUCGAUGACAUUACCACCUGGUACACAGGUCGAUCAAUUACGAUCACAAAUAACAGACGAUGGCGAACUAAAAAUCGAUGCACCUUACAUCGAAACGACUCAACAAUAA